GUAACAUGCAGCAGUGCCUGUGCCUUAGCCAUGUGUUUAUAACCUCUACAAGUGGUGAGAAAUUUGGAACCAGUUGGACCAAUAACAUCCGUAGAAACAUCAGCUUGAACAUGGAGCCUUCAUCAUCAGCGGCAACAAGCAACAGACAGAAAAGAAAGAACAUUGCCCCCACAGCACAUGAGAAGGCCAAGAGAUUAAAAACUGAGCAGGAAGGUGAGGGGGCGGUGGAGUGUGCACAUCCGACCCGCUCGCCGCGGAUCUCUGUGCUGCCCGGCCGCCUCCAACAACCUAUUACACUGAAUGAGCUGACAGAGCUGCUGCAUUAUGCCGCCCUGGGGAAGGCAGGUGGUAUCAGACAGCCCAGUUGGUGUCGUCUCCGCCACCAGAGGAAGGUUAAAGGUGUGAAUGUUGUCGUCGUGGAGGGUCUGACCCAGAGUCACUUUUACAAACACUACCUCACCCUGCCACACCUCAGGACCAAGUACAACUCUAGGCUCACCUUCACUGCAUCAUCUGACAACGUAGUGUCUGGAAUCUUCAGCAGUGAAGUUCCUACAUCGGACGCUCCAUCGCUUUCCCAGAUACACACGGAAAACAGUGAAUUACACAAAGCACUGACGCAUCACCCAGUGAUCACCAAGUUCGGGACCCGGAGGAGAGGGCUGACAGCGUAUGUGCUCACCCAGGAGGAGAUGAUCAAGAGACACUACCCUGUCAAAGGAAUGCCGGGUUUUGAGGAAUUUGUGUGCACAGACUGUGUCGACUGUGUGACUGACAGCAGCCCUCUAUAUGGACUUGACUGUGAAAUGUGUCUAACAGAAAAGGGAAAUGAGCUGGCUCGUGUUUCUCUGGUGGAUAGUGAUGGGAACUGUGUGCUGGACGAGCUGGUGAAACCUCAGAACCGCAUUCUCAACUACCUCACCAAGUUCUCUGGCAUCACCGCAGCGAUGUUGCGACCGAUCACGACCACCCUGCGGGACGUCCAGGCAAAGCUCAGGGCGCUGUUGCCGCGGGACGCUGUUCUGGUCGGCCAUUCGCUCAACAACGACCUCGUGGCUCUGAAACUGAUCCACCAGCAUGUAAUCGACACAUCACUGCUGUACAGGAGAGAGUUCGGACAGAGGUUCAAGCUCAAGGUCCUGGCGGAGACGGUGCUGAAGAGGCAAAUACAAACUGAAGAGAAGAAGGGUCAUAAUCCCAUCGAGGAUGCUGUGGCAGCCCUGGGGCUGGCCCAGUACUUUAUUAAAACAGGACCUCGGAAGGUUGUAGAGCAUCAUCUGGAGGAGCUGUGGGGAUACACAAUAGAGGAGGAGUCCACUGACCGUGCAUCUGCGCCCACACCGAGUCACAGAUUUGCUGACAUGUUACAGAGAGUUGGCCGGUCAGUGGCCUAUUUAGGGAAGCGCUCUGAUGACGUGGCCCUGGAUCUGUCCAAUCAGCAGUGGCACAACUCUGACAAAGAGGUGCUGGCCUCUUUCAGGAGACAGAACAAGUGUCCGUUCCUCUCGGUGCUCCAGUUCUCUUCCUUCUCAGACCACCCGAAGGGGUGCGUUGUUCAUCAGCAGCAGCAGUACCAGAGGGUGUGUGUAAACCUACGCGAUAUGUGUGUAGUAUUUGCGGGGCCGUUGCCUGCAGGUUUCUCCGAGAGGGAAGUGAAGCGGCUUUUUUGUUGCUGUGGACCGGUUCGGAGGAUCAAAAUGCUGAACACAACUGCCAGGGUCCAUGCUGAGGUAGAGUUCGAGCUGCUGGAGGGAGCUAAGCUGGCUUUAAAAACUUUGAAUGGACUUAAUUUGCAGGGACAGUCCAUCGAGGUCAAGAGGCCUGUUCACGAGUCAAUUCUGGACCUGGAUCUGACUCUUGAUGCUUUGAUGGGUGACGCUCUCAACGCCAGUCACCUCUACGCCGUUAAAUUAAAGCCCAGUAUGGCUGAGCGCAUAAACAUUUCUGCAAGGGUCAAUGGACACACAUUAGAUGCAGAAUGUCCAGGUGUAACUUCUGUUAAAACAGCAAAUGGGUUGCCCCCCCCUAAAGUAAACGGUAAACGGUUGCGGCUCACCACCGCAAAGCCUGAACUGUCUGAGGAAACAGUCAGAGAGACAUUUGGUCGCUUUGGGACGGUGGAGAGAAUCGUCCUGCCAGCCAAACCUGGAAAACGUGCAAGACAUGCACAUAUAAAGUUUGAGAGUCCGGAGGGCACGCGUGCAGCCCUCAGCGCCGCUGACGAUCUCUGGAAGGAGGACUACAUCAUCUGUCCAUCCCUGACUCCGCCCCACUUGCGUUCGUGGGUUGCCAUGACAACAGCGGGUGCUGAGGGGGAGGCUGAGGAGAGGACCCACAGGCACACCGGUUCUCGGGACCAGGAAAUGCAGCUCAUGAUGGGGAAGCUGGACCGCCGCCUGGGGAAGCUCUUCAGAUCCCUCCCAGACGGCACCUUGUCUGUGGUUAUGCUGCUUGGACAUACCAGUGCUCACGGUCACCUUCCCGGUUUGUGCUUCAUGGAGGUCAAGUAGGGGUCUUGAGGGGGACAGUGGUCCGGCUCCGGGAACAAGCAUAAACCGGCACUAACAAAAGACCUUCCACUCCAAUGAUGCCUGAUCCGGUGGAUCACCCGAACCAGCUGAAAUCAAUGAGGAUUAAAAAAAAAUUAAAAAAAUAAUGAUAAUAAUAAUAAUAAUAGAAAAAUAAAUUGCCAGAGAUUUGUUUUUUUUAAUGAAAGAUCUGAGAGUAGCAUGUCUGCAUGAUACACUUUUCUAUUUGGUACAUUCAUAUUAAAGGCAAGUUAAAGUCAAAUGAUUUACUAAAAUGUGUUUUUUGUUGCAAAGCUAAAAAGGAUUUUAGCUUUGCCUUUGGUACAAAAUGAUUUUCUUAUUUCCAUAACGAUAAACCCUCCUCAUUUGUAUGGUCAUUAUUGUAAACUUGGCUUAUGGUUUGACUUGGGUCGACUCUUAAUUGGAAGCUGACAGUCAUUUUGUUAUGAGUGCAAUCGUGGGAGGAACUGUGCAACACAUGCUGAAGUGUAGUUUGCAAGUUUUCCAGACACCAUUCGUCCUACUGUAAGAAAAUCAGGCGGCAGUCUCAUCAGAUUAUUUUAUCAUUAUCAUUAUACACCCUCACCUAUGAGCUGAUGCAUCAUGGAUACUUGUGAUGUUACUAGAUGAAACGAUGAAACUUUUACAAUGAAAAAGACUAAAGACUAAUUCUAACUAUUA